AUGCCUCUCCGUAGCUUCAAUGUACGCCGCUUGGUUGUGGUAUUUGGAACACUCUCAGUCCUACCCACUCUGACAACAGCCCGGAGUGAGACAGAAGACUUAACGUCCGCGAACUUCAAGGAAGUGUCAACCACGCCUCAGCAGUAUCACCAAAACUCGAACAAACCUGUUCCGCUUCGUCCGAGCCUACAGGAUGCGGGUGAAGUCCCUGAGUACGAGAGUGUGCUGAUUAGGGACGGGUCCUCUCACACCAGCAAGCGACAGAAUGACAUGCGAGUCCUCGUUGUCGGGGACUCCAUUACACACUCCCGGGAAGGUGACUACACUUGGCGCUACCGGCUCCUGGAAUGGUUUAGUGCCCAAGGAGUCGUCUUUCAAUACGUUGGACCAUAUGCUGGCACUAUCGCUCCAGAUCAACCCGGUCCUCCAAAAAAACCUUUGCUAUACAAAGAGACUGCGCCUGUUAUCCAGGCCAACACAGAUGGAGGCUACGCCCUCGGCACUAACUCUACGGGCCGUCUGAAUCAUUUCGCCAUUAGUGGACGUUCAGCCGUAGUCGAUAAAGAUCUCAUUGAGCAAGUCGCGAAAGACCACCCAGCUGAUCUCAUGUUGAUCGAUCUUGGCUUCAAUGAUCUGGGUUUCUUUACUGAUGAUGUUGGACUCCUCGGCAACAUGCUUAGUCUGAUUAACAACACACGCCGCGCGAGCCCAAACAUGACGUUCGUCGUGGCUACAGUCGUACACCGCUCGUUCCUUCAGGGGCGCGAAGAUCUCGUAAAGUGGACGGACUCUUACAACCGCAUAAUGAAGGCUCGGGUUAGCGAGUGGAGUACAGCUUCAUCUCCGGUCACAUGGGCACCUGUCCGCGAAGAAUAUGACUGUGGGCCAAAGUAUUCUGAGACUUGCCCAGCCGCAUUCGAUGGCCUCCACCCGAAUGAGCUGGGUGAGUAUCAAAUUGCGAGAGGUUUCAGCAGAGCUCUUGUCAGUGCUCUUGGAAUCGGCGAUAAACCGCUUGAGGUUCCAGACAACAUCCCACCAAGACAGCCGCCGGCACCAUCMAACAUUCAAGUUUCGUCGUCAGAUCAAGGUGUCACUGCGACUUGGGACAAAGUCUAUGGAGCGUACGAAUACGAUGUUGAGUAUACAGUCAACGGCACUACCUCAGACAACUCCUCUCCAAAGACAGUACAAUCGAACAGAUGGGACACAAGGUGGGCAAUGGAUGGGUGGAUAUAUCGGAUCCGCAUCCGUUCCAGUGCUGGAAAUCGCAAAGGCGACUGGACAGAUUGGUCUACUUCCACAGCUCGGCCUCGUACAGCAGCUGCACCAUCCAAUGUCGUCGCUCGUUCUACCGACAGUGGUAUCGAUGUCUCCUGGACUGGAUCUACCGGGCCAUAUAGCAAUACAAUCACACAGUACGAUAUCUAUUGGUUCGACCAAGACGUGCCUUGUUCCUUUGUUCAGUCUGCAGGGUUCUUGUCGGUCGGGAAUGCGUCGCUCGUGGAUCUCGUUCCUGGCCACAAGUAUUCAAUAUCCGUUGAAGCCUGGAAUAACGUGGGAGCAGGACUACCCGGGGUCGCGAGAAGUGUAAUUCCUGGUCGCGGGACUCCUGCGACUGUUUCUGGAUUGAAGGUCGAAGCUAUCAACUCUACUACCGCUCAUCUCACUUGGGAUACUGUGCCGGAUGCAGCUGGGUACUAUGUUUCGGCUCGGAAUAUCAACAUACCCAACCAGACCUCUGGGACCUGGAACUAUGAGUACGCCGUCACGGCUUUCAACGGUGAGGCUGACGCAGAAAGAAGUCAGGCCGUCAUGGGCCCACCAAAAGACUCGCCACCUGGUGCUGGUGUGUGUCUUGAGAAAUCCCCAAAAUGUCCACCGCCGAGUAACUCUAGCCCGCCAGCUACAGAUCCGAUCGAUCCCAGUGAUCCACCACGUGUGGGUUCGAGUAUCCGAAGGUAG